UGUCUGUAGGCAGCUGUUUGUGGGGAAGCUAAAGGCUGUACCUGUUUCAAAGUCCAAGACUCACCUAAUUGAGUUUAAGAUCUGCACAGACUCAGACGAUGAAUUAUGUGGGCCAGCUUGCCGAGACAGUUUUUGGCACUGUGAAGGAGCUGUACAAGGGCCUGAAUCCGGCCACCCUGACAGGCUGCAUUGAUGUCAUUGUGGUGAGGCAACCCGAUGGCUCUUUACUCUGUUCACCUUUCCAUGUACGUUUUGGGAAACUCCGUGUCCUGCGUUCGAGCGAGAAAGUGGUUGACAUAGAAAUCAAUGGGGAGCCAGUUGACCUGCGUAUGAAGCUGGGCGACAAUGGAGAAGCUUUCUUUGUGGAGGAGUCAGAGGGAAAAAAGGAGAGCAUCCCCCUCUCCUUGUGCACAUCUCCCAUUCCUCCUGAGAAAAACGCAGAUCCAGCAGCCAGAUCUUCUAGGGAGACUUCCAGCUUCUACGGAAACCCCAGUGCCUCCAGCUCUGAUGCAACCCUCCGUAAAAAAAGAAGGCGUAAGAGGAAGGCCAGGAGGAGGGAGUCAUCGGGAGACUCCACUUCAGAAGAGCAAGAGGGGACUGAAAGUGAGAUGUCUCUGGAGGAGAAGCGGAAGCUGUUGGCUUCUAGCAAUUCAACAUACUACUCCUUCACUGAUGUUCAGAGUGAAGGAGCUGGGACUUUGCAACCGAAGGGACCCCAUCCCUUUUCUGAUGGAGAACUGCCUCCCCUGCAGAGUCUUCCUCAAAGCUGUCAGUCAGCUCCCAAAAGUGACUCUGAACUGGAAAUAAAAAAUCCUGAAAUACCUCUUGGAUCUGGAGCCCACAUGCAGUGGUCCUGGGGAAGACUGCCUGAAGUGAGCAAAUCGGAACGAACUGAAGCAAUAAAACCCACCAUGAGUAUUGCAACUACAGCGACCAUCCCCGUGGGUGAGACAACACACUUUGUUGCCAUUUCAGAAGGUGACUUGGGCACUGUGGACUCUGAUGCAUCACGUUGUCCAGACACUCCUUUAAUUAGACCAACACCCGUCUUUUCUACUGGAAAUGGCCUUCUGAUGGGUGGAGAGCCCAGCUGUUCGGCUCAGGUGAUGGCCAGCGAUCAAGACUCAACCUGCACAUUCACAGGAGAUGUACAAAGCUAUAUAGAGCCUGCAGAAAAUGAAGGAAAGAGCAUAGAGAUGGAUGGACAGAUUCAGGAACUGGGUUGGGAAGCACCAUCAUCAAGAAAAUCCAGUUUGGAUCAGGAAGUGCCCUCCCCAAGGGAAGCUAGUUUUGGGCAACCGGAGCCAAGCAGCAGCUCAGAGAUAAAGCAAGAGACAAGAAAGGGUUCUGUGAAGAGAAGUCCUCAUCUGGGACCAACUGAUAUAUACUUGGAGGAUCUUUCAAACCUGGAUGCUGAGCAGGUUGCACUCUAUUUCCCUAAAAGUGAUGCUGAACUGAGUGGCCAAGCGCACGCCGAUCCUAGCAGCUUCUCCCAUGCUCACUUGCUGGGUGGCACAGAUAAUCUGGAGCUUAUGGCAUGUAACCUGAUGCCACAGAUCCUUCUGUCUGUCUGUGGGGGUCUUGGAGAUAGUGGGGAAUUAUCUCGUGAGGAGUUCAUGAAACACAUCGUCACCUACCAAGAGUUGGCAGAGAAUCCAGCAAUUCUUGAGGAUCCAAACCUGGUGAUACAAAUCCAUGAGAAAUAUUAUAACUGGGCAGUUGCAGCUCCCAUGAUCCUCUCCCUACAAGCUUUCCAGAAGAAUCUUCCCAAGAGUACUAUUGACAGACUUUUGAAGGAAAAGAUGUCCAGGAGAGGCGGCAGGUGGUGGUUUUCUUGGAGGAGAAGAGAACUUUCCAGUGAAGAGCCAGAAUCCAGCAGCCAGAAAAUGAGUCCAACAGGCAAGCAUCGAGGGGACUCCUUUCAGCAUAGGAAGAGGGAAGACACUUCGUCCAGUGAUGAUGAGCCUGUACCUUCAGGCCGAGGGGUCAGGCCUGUGCCAGAUGCUAUUACACAGAAAUUUCUUCCGACCUAUAAGAAAUCCCUAAGACUCUCUUCAGAUCAAAUUAAAAGUCUGAACCUGAGAGACGGUCCCAAUGAGGUUGCAUUUAGUGUGACGACCCAAUACCAAGGCACAUGUCGUUGUGAAGCUACCAUCUACCUAUGGAACUGGGAUGACAAGGUGGUGAUUUCUGACAUAGAUGGAACCAUUACUAAAUCUGAUGCUCUGGGUCACAUUUUGCCACAUUUAGGGAAAGAUUGGACCCACCAAGGCAUUGCUAAACUGUUCCACAAAAUCCAUCUGAAUGGAUACAAGUUUCUCUAUUGUUCAGCCAGAACCAUUGGGAUGGCACAUAUCACCAAAGGAUACCUGGAGUGUGUCAAAGACCAGGGCUGCGUACUCCCAAAAGGUCCUAUCCUGCUAGCACCUAGCAGCCUCUUCUCAGCUCUUCAUAGGGAAGUGAUUGAAGGGAAGCCAGAGGUGUUCAAAAUUGCCUGCUUAACAGAUAUCCGGAACCUGUUUGGCUCCAACAGGCAGCCAUUCCACGCUGCCUUUGGGAACAGAACAAAUGAUGUCCAUGCCUACAAGGAAGUGAACUUGCCAGAAUCUCGUAUAUUCACUGUGAAUCCCAAGGGGGAACUGAUCCAGGAACUUGUGAAGAUCCACAAAUCUACGUAUGAGCGGCUGAGUGAACUGGUGGAACUCAUCUUUCCACCCAUUGGCAAGGAUGUGAGCUUUUCCGUGGAGAGUCCAGAAUACAGCCACUUCUCUUACUGGAGAGCUCCCUUGCCUGUUGUUGACUUGAAAGAUCUUGAAUGAAGAUGCUGAGCCAGUGAAGCAUCAUCCCGAAAAGGAUCUUUAGCUGUUGGGCCUUUGACAGGGUAGAUAGGCAGCGUACCUUUUCAGCAAUGUCUUCCCUGCCCUGUGAUGGACUUGCAUUUUGGCACUGCAACUCCCUCUGUUUUCUCUGCUCAAUCCAGGUUCUAAUGAACUUGUGUACGCCCUGUGACUGAAUGCACUUUUUCUUGUGAAGUAGGAGCAUUUACGAGGUUCAUAGAGGAGUCUGAGUUGUGUCCAUCCUUGCAGCUGGAGAAGAGGAUUCUGUUUGGAUUUAUCCAAAGAUUGAUGGUAGCUGCUAUUCAUGCAACACCCUUUUAUUCUUUGCCCCAUAGCCUAUGAUAAAAGUGUCAGCAGAAGCCAUAGGUCUUGCAAGGGGAAACAAGAGAACUAAUGCACAUUUUAGAACUCCAUCCUGUUGUGGUGAAUUCUUCUGGCUUCAUCUAACAAAUGGUAUCAAUUUAUGGUGGUAGUUCACCAAGGGCAUAGGUAUGUGCUUGGAUUCCUAGUGCCUUAAUCUCUGUAUAUUUUGAUCUGAACCUCAUUGUGCUUACAAAGCCUGAAGACAACUUCUCCGUUUUAUCAGAUAUAACAACCAGACAAAAGUAACAAGUCUGCAACUUUACUGGCAAUGUCGUUGUUGUACCACCUUCAAAUCUUUUUGAAACUAUUACCCACUGUCUCAGUUGCUUAUGGCAACUUCUGAAAAGGGAAUGUUACUUUGUUGCUUCACAUCAUUUUUAAGCCAUACUGCUUCUGAAGGGGGCACAGUGCCGCUACAUCUUUACUGUGGCCCUUUUCACACUGCUUACCUUCACUCACAAUGACGUGGAACAUCGCGUUUUCUCGUGUGAGAUUUGCGUGAGAAAACGCGAUCUUCUGUGUUUUUUGCGCGAUGUUCUGCGUCGUUGCGAGUGAAGGUAAGCAGUGUGAAAAGAGACAGUACCAUCCAUCAGCCCUUCCAGAGGCUUACUAUUAUGGUGAUGUAUUUUAGACAUGGCACUGAAAUCAGGAAUCCUUGUGAGAUGCCCCUUAGAAUGCAUUGCUUGAUGAAGUGGUACCUGUUUUUACAUAGCCACUGUGAUGAAUGAAAGACAAACUGUCGGGCCAUGUUGAAGGGUAUAUGUGCCGGGGUAUGUGUGGUUUUGACACCCCGGUUCUUGUGCUGUGGUCACUACAUAUGGUCCUUGGUUAUUGUAGCUGUGGUUCAUUCCAGAUAGCCAUGGAUUAGGGCCUGUACACUAUUGGCACCAUUGACUGUUGUUUCAGUUUAAGACAGAAAACCAAGACGUAGCUGAAGGCACUGAUUCUUGUUCUACCUCACUUUUGCUUCCCUCUUUUGUGUGUGUGUGUGAAACUAGGCAGGACUAUUGCACGUUUAAGGGAUGGCUUAACAGAAAUGAUAACGAGAAGAAAAAAGUCCUGUAAGCUGGUUGUAAUGCAUCUGUUGGCCCAUAUUUAACGCAAGUUGGAGCUGAAAGCUCCUCCAGUGCAGGUGUGUCAAUAAAAGCUUCAAU